UACAAAAACAAAAACGUCAUUUUGGAGCGAAAGUUUUUGAAACACAGAGUGAACGUGACACGGUGUCAUUUCAAGGUCUAAAAAUGUAGACACAAGUUUUAUGUGACGUGUUAACGAAUUUGUUCGAAUAACGACACGGAGCUGCUGUAAAAAUGGAAGGUCUGGAGAUGUCCGCGAUGAUACCUGCUCUGCAGGAGCUAGCUAAUGCCAGUGCGUCUGAAUAUGACAAGGCGGUGCAGAAACCUCGACAGAUCCUCUGUCAGUUCAUUGACAGGAUACUCACAGAUGUGGAUGUCGUUGCUCUUGGUCUGAAUAAGAAGUCCAAUUCAGAGCCAGCCUGUGUGAUGCUGUUGGACUUCGUGCAACAUAUAGUUAAAUCAUCAUCUUUGAUGUUCGCCAACCCUGCCUGCCAGCCUGCCGAAUACCCUGACACCACACAGAGCUGUACUAACUUUAGUAAGUGGGUGACAGUGCGUUUGCUUCGUGUUGCUGCAGCACCAGACUGUGACGUCAUCCAUGGGCGAGUCUCCGCUGUGUUGGGCUCUUUACUUCACACUCUGAGAGUCAGGGCACUGUUCAUCUUCAGCCACCUCACUCAGGAGCUAUUAUUUUUAGCAAAGGACCUCAGCGACAUCCUGUACGCACACAUUGCCCGAUUAGCUGGAUUUGGACACACUGUGAAGAUUCAAUCACAAAGCCAAUGGCCUGUAACACUCCAAUGUUUUAAUAUCUCUUCUGACUGUGCCUCCUCAUACCUCACCCCUUCCUCCCUUAUUCUCUCUUCGCCUGCUGCCUUGGAGUCACUGAUUGCCGUAAUAAUGUGUGUCAUAACUCAUGCCCUUAGAGGAGUGGCCUCUCCUCGUGACCUGAGUGUGGCCUGGGACACAGCUUGUUCCAUCCUGGCAAGUGGAAACACCAGGUUGAAAAAACUCUCUAUGGUGAUGCUGCGACAACUGGUGGAGCUGAGAGGGUUUCCUGAAGUUCAAGGCCACACGUUCUUCACUGCAUACAUACAUUUGCUGGAAACACAUUCCUGCACAGCUAACACACACUUAGAUGCAACUCAGCCUUAUGGAGGAGAGCUGCUACGCCUGACUCGCUGUGUGUUUCAGUCGUCUGCUGCCUCCCAUGCACACUUUCAGCCCAUACACCUCUCACAGGUGUUUGAGUGUGUUUGCACGCUCGGAGGAGCCGGUGUCCACUUGGGGACGGAGGUUACAGAAUCACUCUGCUUCCUAUUCAGCUUCUUGGUGUCUGUUGUGCCAGUUUAUGACAGUGCAGCACUGUUAAGGAGGCAACGAGUCACAGAGGUCUGCAGGACGCUGGCGUGCACUGUUGGAACCGAACAUCAGGCAGAAUGUGCAGAGGGCUUUCUCAAAGCGGCAUUAAAGGCUGAGACUGCUUUGUUGAGGCAGAAGUCAGCAAAUGGGGAAACUGCUGCCAAGAAAUUCUGCAAAUCUACCAGAGAUUCAAGUAACAAGACAACAAAAAGUGCAAGUGAGGCGGACAUGCGUGUUUGCAAUGAGGUUUGGGCCGUGGCAAACAAUCGGCUGGAGGAACUGCUGACCUACUUGAACUCAGACUCUGCUGAAGCAGAAACCACACAGACGCUCUUUGCUCUGGAGGGUCUGGCCCUAAUUCUCCACCUGGCAGCCCUCUAUUCCUCUCCCACUAGCUCGUCUCCUUCUGUUUGGGCGCCAGCUGAGACUCUGGGCAGGGCUCUGAAGAGCUGUCAGUCAGUGUUAGAAGGGAGAUCUCAAGCUGUCACAAACCAGAACCUCUACCGGUCUGCUGUAAGCACCACUGUCAGGAUCCUUGAUGCUGUCUUGUUCCUGCCAACAAACAGCCAAGGUGAGGACGGGCUCCAGCGGCGUGUGUGCGCUCUCCUGUCACUUCCAUGGGUGUGUGAGAACAAGUCAGCCUCAGCUUAUAGGAGUUCUGGCUUUCCUUCUUGGCUUUGUGCCUUGGCUCAAAGACUCAGCUUCUGUUACUCACCUGAGGUCCAGGCACACUGCGUGUCUCUGUUGGCCCACCUGCAUCGUUGUGUUUGUGAGACGUGGCGCGUGUUUGUGUUUUCCAAAGCACUGGAGAGUUUGGAUGAGGUAGUGAGAGCGGCAGCAGUGAGGGCCUUCCCUCUUCUUCUGCACCACUUGGGAAGCACACACCACAAUCUCAUCAGUACUGUUCUGCUUCCUAGGCUUGAGGACAGUUCAGUACAGGUGAAGAAGGAGCUUGCCAGGAUCGUGGGUGAUCUGAGCUGUAUCCAGUCAGACCUGUCCCACCUCAGUGUCUCCCACACGGAGUCCACCCAUGUUCAUAAACUCCUCUGCCUCCGCCUCAGCCUUGCAAACGAGCAUGCUGGGAAAAUAUCUCCAUCCCUCAAAACCUCUGUUAUCAGGCCCUUUUUGCCACUGCUCAGACAACAAGAACACAGUAGUGUUAAACAAGCUUUUCUAGAAGCUUUGCCUCACCUCUGCCAGCAUGUGAGUCUGCUUGGUGGAGACAGCCACUCUCAGGCAGUUCUUUGUGCCCUGAUUGAUUUAUUGGAGGAUGCAGAUCCAGCUGUACGAAUACGUUUCAGCCAGUCGGUGCGUUUCCUCCUAACAGAGACCAACCAAAGCUCAGACCAAGGCUCUCUGAGUGAGCUCCUGGUGUCUCGUCUGAAGGAGGCCUUCAACAAUGCUAAACUCAACAGAGAUGAUUGUCUGCGCAACACACUCAUCCUCACCACAGGAGAGAUUGGCAGAGCAUCUCAGGGUAAUUUGGUGUCAUUCUCUCUGCUGAGACUGCUCCACUGUCUGCUCUCCAAGUCGUCCCCAAUAUCUGUAGCUGCCUACACUCAAAUCAGAGCUCUGGCCACAGCCAAAGGCCUCAAACUGCAGACCCUUUUCAGUCAGUACAAGAACCCCAUCUGUCAGUUCCUGGUGGAGUCGCUGCACUCGCGUCACGUGUCGGCCCUUCGGAGCACACCAGAUCAGGGUGGCGAGUCAGCCAAUCAGAGGGAGCUGGCCUUGGACAUCCUGGCUCAGAUCGCACAUGCUUUUGACUUCCCAGACCUUCACCGCUUCCUCACUAGGACGCUCCAGGUGUUACUACCUUACCUGGCAGCAAAGGCGAGCUCCACAGGCUCCACCCUCAUUCGUACUCUGGCUAAUGAGCUGAAGGCGAACAGGAGAGAGAUCCUCAUCAACAACUUUAAAUAUAUCUUCAGCCAUUUGGUCUGUUCCUGUACCAAGGAGGAGCUAGAGAGGGCCUUCCACUACUUACAGAGUGAAACUGAAAUUGAACUGGGUUCUCUGCUGAGGCAAGACUUCCAGGGUCUUCAUAACGAGUUGCUACUGCGCCUGGGAGAGCACUACCAACAGGUAUUUAAUGGUCUGGCAAUCCUAGCCUCCUUUGCAUCCAAUGAUGACCCGUACCAGGGACCCAGAGAUAUUACCACCAGAGAACGAAUGGCAAACUACCUUCAGCCAAAGCUACUGGGAAUUCUUGCCUUCUUCAACAUGCAGCUGCUCAGCUCCAGUGCAGGAGAGAAGGACCGCAAAAAGUUGGUGCUAACCAGCGUUAUUGCACUAAUGCAACUGGUGGGCAUCAAACAUAUCAGCUCUGUCAGAGUGAAGAUGAUGACAACGUUGCGCACCGGCCUUCGAUACAGAGAAGACUUUCCUCUGCUCUGCUGCCAGACGUGGGAGUGCUUUGUGAGGAGCGUGGAGCCUGCACAUCUUGGCCCUUUACUGAGUCAUGUGAUUGUUGCUCUCUUGCCCUUGAUCACUCUGCAACCCAAAGAGACCGCUGCUAUCAUCCGAUUCCUGAUACUGGACAAGAAGGAGGAAGUCAAAGACUACCUUCACGAGAUUUACUUUCUGCCAGAUCACCCUGAGCUUAAAGACAUCCACACUGUGCUGCAGAACUACAAGAAGCUGACAGCCAGCAGCAGUGACCUAGCCGCAGCACUGCAGCUCUCUAUGAGAGCUGUUCAGCAUGAGAAUGUUGACGUCAGGAUUCAUGCACUGACCAGCCUCAGGGACCUGAUGCACAGCAACCAGGAGUGGCUGCUACGACAGGUUUGUGCUAGCGAGGCCGUGGAGCCGGUCAUCUCCCACGUGGUGUCCGUGCUGUUAAAGGGCUGCCAGGACUCCUCUCCGGAGGCCAGGCUUCUCUGUGGGGAGUGUCUGGGGGAGCUGGGGGCCGUGGAUCCCGGACGUCUGGACCUGUCGCGAACACACACCCACGGCGAUCGCAACACCUUUGUGAGUGGAGUUGAGGAUCCUAACUUCGCCUACGACCUGCUGACCGAACUCACCAGAACUUUUCUGGCAUAUGCUGACAAUGUGAGAGCACAGGACUCGGCUGCGUAUGCAAUUCAGGAGCUACUGUCCAUCUUUGACUGUCAUGAUGGUCGCACUGACUCACCAGGUCGACGUUUGUGGAGGAGAUUCCCAGAGCAGAUCCAGGAAACUCUGGAACCACAUCUCAACAGCAGGUAUAAGAGCAGUCAGAAGGAGGUGAAUUGGGCUAAAGUGAAGAAGCCCGUGUACCUAAGCAACAGAGGCAGCAGGUUCUCAGACUGGUCAGCCACCUGGGCUGGAUACCUCAUUAGCAAGGUGAGACAUGAGCUGGCAAGCAAAGUGUUCACCUGCUGCAGUUUCAUCAUCAAACACGACUACAAAGUCACAAUUUAUCUGCUGCCUCAUAUUCUGCUCUAUAUGCUGCUGGGCUGCACGCCUAAAGAACAGCAGGAGGUGACGGAGGAGAUGCUGGCUGUCUUAACAGAGGGUGAUGCACGAGGAGAAGGUGGAGUCCAGGAGGCAGCGUCCAGCCUGUCACAGCUCAGCACCCAGACCGUGUUCAGCAUGUUGUCUCACCUCACACAGUGGAGCCGCCACGUUCUCUACUCAAAGCCCAAAAACAAUGAGAAUGGGGAGUAUCAGCGAGUGGUAGCGUUCCUAAAGGGUAUUCCACAGGACGUUCUGGCCAAAGCCUCUCUACGGUCCAAAGCAUACACUCGUGCGCUCAUGCACUUUGAAUCCUACAUCUUGGAAAACAAGGAGAACGUGCAGGACCAUCUUACCUUUCUGCAGACACUAUACGCAGCUAUGCACGAACCUGAUGGGGUGAGGGGGGUCAAUGCACUGAGGAGGGAGGAGCCGUCUCUAAGGGAACAGAUCCUGGAGCACGAGAGCAUCGGCCUGCUCCGAGACGCCACUGCCUGCUACGACCGAGCCAUACAGCUGGAGUCAGACCAAAUCGGGCAUUAUCAUGGCGUGAUGACAUCUAUGCUGGGGCUGGGACAGCUUUCUACAGUCAUUACCCAGGUCAAUGGUGUGCUGGCCAACAAGGACCAGUGGAAGUCAGAGCUUAACACUUACAGGGUGGAGGCAGCCUGGAAGCUUGGAAAAUGGGACCAAGUAGAAGAUUACUUGGAUUCAGAUCGUCAGUCCAGUACCUGGGGCGUACGGCUCGGCCAGUUGCUGCUGUCGGCUAAGAAGCAGGACCUGAGACUUUUCUACGAGAAGCUGAAGCUCGUAAGAAAAGAGCAAGUCGUCCCUCUGUCUGCGGCCAGUUAUGAAUGUGGAACCUACCAAAGGGGAUACGAGUACAUCGUCAGACUCCACAUGCUCAGCGAGUUGGAGCACACCGUCACUGAGCUGCAGAAACAAAGCGAGAGCUCCACCCCCAGCCUGAACCAGCUGCCUCCUCAUUGGUCGGAUCGAUUGGAGAUGACCCAGAAUUCCUUUAGGGCCAAGGAGCCAAUCUUGGCCCUGCGGCGUGCCUUGCUUAGCCUAGGAUCACAGCCUGUGAGUGAGGAGCUGGUGGGGGAGUGCUGGCUGCAGAGUGCUCGUGUUGCCAGGAAGGCAGGACACCACCAGACUGCCUUUAACGCUCUUCUGAAUGCAGAAAACGCAAAUCUGGCAGAGCUGGUCACAGAAAAGGCCAAGUGGCUUUGGUCCAAGGGCGAUGUACAUCAGGCACUUAUUGUCCUCCAGAAGGGCGUUGCUCAGUGUUUUCCUGAUGACCAGCCAGAGAUGGACCCUCGCAGCCUGCAGACAAAAGGAAAGGCUAUGCUGCUGGUGGGCCGCUUCAUGGAGGAGACAGCCAACUUUGAGUCCAAUGCCAUCAUGAAAGCUUACAAGGACGUAACGAACCUUCUCCCUAAGUGGGAAGACGGAAACUUCUACCUGGCUAAAUACUAUGACAAAGUGAUGCCGAUGGUGACAGAUAACAAGUUGGAAAAACAGGGGAACCUCAUUCGAUACAUCGUUACAUACUUUGGAAAAGCUUUGCAGUUUGGAAACCAGUACAUCUACCAGGCCAUGCCUCGUAUGUUGUCCCUGUGGCUGGAUUUUGGCGCCAAAGUGUGUGAAUGUGAGAAAGCUGGACGAACAGACAGACAGAUGCGACAGGAGUUGGGCAAAAUCAACGCAGCUAUGAAUGAGCACUGUAACAACCUGGCCCCGUACCAGUUCCUGACUGCGUUCUCCCAGCUCAUCUCCAGGGUGUGUCACUCCAGUGAUGAUGUCUUCACCGUCCUCAUGACCAUCGUGGCUAAAGUCUUCCUGGCAUAUCCCCAACAGGCUAUGUGGCUCAUGACGGCUGUGUCCAAGUCUUCCUACCCCAUGCGAAUGAACCGUUGUAAUCAGAUUCUUAAAAAAGCCAUCAGCCUUAAAUCGUCUUUGGAGAAAUUCAUUGGAGAUGCAAACAGGCUCACUGACAAGCUGCUGGAGCUCUGCAAUAAGCCGGUGGAUGGUACCAGCACCACCCUCACUAUGAGCACUCACUUCAAGCAGCUGAAACGGCUGGUGGAGGAGCCAACCUUUAGCCAGAUCCUGAUCCCACUACAGGCGGUCCUCAUCCCUACACUCCCCUCUACAGGUGGGGCAAACACACGGCACGAUGCCUUCCCUGGACACUGGGCGUACCUGGAUGGCUUUGAAGACACCGUGGAGAUCUUGGCUUCCUUGCAGAAGCCUAAGAAGAUAAGUCUGAAGGGUUCAGACGGACGGUGCUACACCAUGAUGUGUAAACCUAAAGAUGACCUGAGGAAGGACUGCAGACUUAUGGAGUUCAAUUGCCUCAUCAACAAGUGCCUGCGUAAAGAUGCAGAGUCAAGGCGCAGGGAGCUGCAUAUCCGGACCUACGCUGUGAUUCCACUAAACGAGGAGUGUGGCAUCAUUGAAUGGGUCAACAACACAGCUGGACUUCGACACAUCCUCACUAAGCUAUAUAAGGAGAGAGGAAUCUGUCUCUCAGGUAAAGAGCUGAGGAAGCUUAUCCUACCGAAGACAGCUCCCUUUGAGGAGAAGAUUCGAAUCCACAAAGAUGUGCUGUGUGCACAACACCCUCCAGUCUUCCAUGAGUGGUUCCUCCGGACUUUCCCAGACCCUACGUCAUGGUACAGUAGUCGCUCUGCAUACUGUCGCUCUACCGCUGUGAUGUCCAUGGUGGGCUACGUCCUGGGUUUGGGAGAUCGCCACGGAGAGAACAUCCUCUUUGACUCUUUCACAGGAGAGUGUGUGCAUGUUGAUUUUAACUGCCUGUUCAACAAGGGGGAGACAUUUGAUGUGCCUGAGGUGGUUUCCUUUCGUCUGACCCAAAACAUGGUCCAUGCUAUGGGACCCAUGGGCACCGAGGGCCUCUUCAGACAGGCCUGUGAGGUCACUCUUAGACUAAUGAGAGACCAAAGAGAGUCGCUCAUGAGUGUGCUUAAGACCUUCCUUCACGACCCACUGGUGGAGUGGAGCAAACAAGCCAAAGGACUUUCCAAAACUCAGGCAAACGAGACUGGAGAGAUAGUCAAUGAAAAGGCUAAAACCCAUGUGUGUGACAUCGAGCAGCGUCUGCAGGGAGUGAUAAAGAGCAGGAAUAAAGUGCUGGGUCUGCCUCUCUCUAUAGAGGGACAUGUGCACUACCUCAUACAGGAGGCCACAGAUGUCAAACUGCUUUGCCUGAUGUAAUCUGGGCUGGGGGGCCAUAUUUGUAAAACACAAACCUGUAUUUAUAAAAUGAUAGUGAGCAGCUCGCAAUAAAAUGCACAAAAACGUCCCCUAUGUUCUAAGCCAUUUCACUAAUAAGUUAUGUUUCCAACAAUUGUUUCCUAUUUUCUGGAAACUAUAUUUGGUCCAUUUCUGUUCAUUUUGUUAUAAUAAAGUCCAUAUCUAAAACGUG